GAAGACUCCAUGGAGUCAUGCAUCAUAAAGUAACAUCAGAGCAAUUUAGCUGUUUCAUAAAAAUCAAGACCAGAAGCAAAUUCUGCAAAUGUGAAUGUUCUGGAUCGCAGCUUUGAAUUCACUGUUCUAACUCAACACACACGAUGGAAAAAGUGAAGUCAUUCAUAGCAGAGACGUGCGGUGAGAGUCAUAGCAGCUCACUUUACAAUGAAUGUGGUGGAGCUUGUGAAGAUUUUUGCACUCAUUCUAGUGCUGUUAUGUCCAGUCAAAUGCCAAAAUAGAAGGAGGAAAGCUCAGAGAGUCAACCAGGUCUUCACAUACAAAGCCAAACCCUUGGUCUGCCCGGUGGAACUCAUGUUCUUGGUGGACAGUACAGAGAAUGCCCAACCUGUGCUGUUUGAGCAGCAGAAGAUGUUCAUCCUGCACUUCAGCACCAAGCUCAUGCAGCUUCACCCUGCAGGCUGGCGUCUGCGCCUGCGCCUCGCUGUCCUGCAGUACAGCAGCAAAGUAUCAGUAGAGCAUAACUUCAGAGACUGGCAGGACCUGGAUGUCUUCCAGAGUCGGGUGGCCUCAAUGACUUUCAUUGGCCAUGGGUCGUACUCUGCCUAUGCCAUCACCAAUGCCACCAAGAUAUUCAGGGAGGAGACGCCCCCCAGUGGCCUCAAGGUGGUGGUGCUCAUGACGGACGGAAGAGACCACCCACGGAGCCCCAGUGCCAUCACAGCAGCUGCAGAGGCCAAACAGCACAACAUCAGGGUGUUCACCAUCAGGCUGUCUGGGCUGCCCAACCCAGAUGUUAUGGGAACACAGCUACGAUCCAUUGCCAGUGGCCCGCCACAGCAGCAUGUGCUCAGUCUCUCUGACACCCAGCUUGAUGAAAAACUCUUCAGUGAAAUAAAUUCAGUUGUUACAACAGGGUGCCCACAGCCAAAGAACUGUAGGUGUGAGAAGGGCGAGAGGGGUCGCCCUGGCAGUCUAGGGAAACCAGGGAAGACAGGGUCGGAUGGUGCUCCCGGUCCAAAGGGAUCUCAGGGUGAACCUGGUACUAAUGGACGUCCAGGAAUGGCGGGCCUUCAGGGGAGACCUGGCAGGAAAGGUGAAAAGGGGGAACGAGGUGAAUUUGGAGCUUUUGGUGCAAAAGGAAGAAAAGGUGUGGCUGGACCUGCUGGAUCAGCAGGACGUAAAGGAGAGGAGGGAGACAGAGGGCCACCAGGAGACCCGGGGCUGGAGGGACCAUCGGGGCCUAAAGGCGAUCCAGGAACAAGGGGGGCACCUGGACCUCCAGGAGAAAGCGGUGUUGGCUUCCCGGGUCCCAAGGGUGACAAGGGAAGCCAAGGAAGACCAGGUCCACUUGGUCCGAUGGGUUCUGGUGAGCCGGGAAGUCAGGGUCCGACGGGGCCUACGGGAAUACAAGGGCCUCGUGGUUUCCCUGGUGGCGGUUCAGUAGGACCAAAGGGUGACAGAGGGUAUGAAGGCCCCAAAGGCAGCCUGGGACCCCCUGGACAUGGGCACAAAGGUGAUAAGGGAAAUGCAGGUGCACCUGGGGUUCCUGGUUUGACCGGGGCGCCAGGUGCAGGCGUCCAAGGAGAAAAGGGGGAACAAGGACCCAUUGGCCCCUCUGGUCCUAGAGGACCUCCAGGACUGGCAACAGCUGGGUCAAAGGGUGACCAAGGUUUUCCUGGAGAGCCAGGUCAUCAAGGAGAAAGAGGCACAGGUGAAACAGGGCCCAAGGGUCAGCCGGGACCUGAUGGGGCCCCUGGGAUACCCGGCAUUCCUGGUGAAGAUGGAACCGUAGGGCCUAAGGGAGAGACAGGUUUGCCAGGACCCCAAGGCCCAGAGGGAGCACCAGGAAGAGGCACGUCUGGAGAAAAGGGUGAUAGAGGUGACCGAGGUUCCAGGGGACUGUCAGGCUCUCCUGGCCCGGUUGGACCUGCUGGAGCUAAGGGAGAGCCUGGCAGCUCAGGAAUGAUGGGCCUACCUGGACCUCCUGGACGGAGCUACCCAGGAACAAAGGGAGAGCCAGGCCCUGUGGGACCAUCAGGACCUAUUGGAGAGCCUGGAGUGGGAAUAAUUGGACCCAAAGGAAACAAAGGUAGUGUUGGACCUGAUGGGCCAGCAGGGCCAAAGGAAGACUCUGUGGCUGGACCUCAGGGUUUGCCGGGUUUGACUGGACUACGUGGAGAAAUGGGUCCUGAAGGAAAAGGGUUACCGGGAGCAAUGGGUGACAGAGGCUUACCGGGAGUACCAGGACCCUCAGGACCUCCUGGAACUGGACUUCCUGGGCCAAAGGGUUCUACAGGACAGCCUGGCCCACCUGGCAUGCAUGGGCCUCCAGGAGAAGGACUACCUGGACCAAAGGGAGAGUCUGGGUUUCAAGGUCCAAUGGGACCAAGAGGGCUUCCAGGAGUGGAUCUCUCAGGACAGAAGGGUAGUCAAGGAUCUCCUGGACAUAUGGGAAAAAAGGGAGACACAGGGGACCUAGGACCACCUGGCUCUCCCGGAAAACUGGGGAGACCUGGAGAAAAAGGAGAGCCAGGACUUGCAAGAGAUGAAGUCAUCCAGAUCAUAAAGGAAAUAUUUGGAUGUGGCGUUAUGUGCAGAGAGAUUCCACUAGAACUGGUAUUUGUGAUUGACAGCUCUGAGAGCGUGGGGAUGGAAAAUUUUGAGGUGGUUAAGGACUUUGUGAACGCAAUUAUUGACCAGUUCACUGUGAGCUGGGAAGCCAGCCACGUUGGGCUGGUGCUCUACAGCCAUCUGAACACGGUGGUGAUCAGCCUGCUGCAACAGCCCAGCAGGGAGGAGAUCAAGGCUGCUGUCAGAGCCAUGCCCUACCUGGGUGAGGGCACCUUCACUGGCAGUGCCAUGCUCCAAGCCAGGAAGCUGUUCAGAGACUCUCGACCCCAUGUGAGGAAAGUGGCAGUUGUUUUAACGGAUGUUCAGUUAGAUCAGCGUGAUCUGGUGCAGUUUAAAGAGACAGCCUCAGAAUGCCAUGCAGAAGGGAUUGAGAUGUUGAUCAUAGGUGUGGUGAACAAGACUGUUCCUCUUUAUGAAGACUUCCUGAGAGAGAUGAAGACUGUCGCCUCUCAUCCUAAAGAAGAACAUGUCUACAUUAUUGAUGACUUCCUAUUGCUGCCUGUUCUGGAGAAUAAUAUUCUGAAGCAGAUUUGUGAUCGAGAUGCAGUGGUACCAUUUAGACCAAAAUCAUCGUUUCCAUCUGUGGAAACCCAUCUGAACGAACCAGAAGACAGCAAGUCUAAAAAGAUCCCAGGAGCAAAAAACACAAGGCCACCUUCCCCACAACCCACUGAAUCACUGUGGCCUCAUGAGAACCAGUUUGACCCUGAGGUGACAAUGGAGCCGUCCAACAAGCAGCCAGAUCUACCAUUUAUCCCUCAUGGUGAGAAGGGAGAGCCGGGCCCAGGGCAGAACUCUGUGGUGCAGCGGCAGAGUCCGACCGACUGGCCAGGUGAGGUGAAGGGCUUUCAUAGAACCUUUGACCAACCACCACCAACUCCGACCGCGUCACCUGUAUCAGGUGGGGGGUGCAGCCAGCCUCUUGAACCCGGUCCGUGUCGGCAGUACAGGAUCAGGUGGUACUACGACCCAGAGGCCAACGCUUGCGCACAGUUCUGGUAUGGCGGUUGUCAGGGCAACACAAACAACUUUGAGAAUGAAGCUAAUUGCAGGAACGCCUGCGUCUACCUGUAAAAGACUGGCGGGAUGUUGGGCAACAUGAAAGAGCAGUGCCUGAAGCGAUAUCUGUCAUGAUCUGACAUGUUGCUGCUAUCUGAAAUCUCUGUUUCCAUUGAACUUUCUUUGUUCCUUUCUCUCUGUUGGUUUGAAGAACUGGUUCUUCUAACCUACAGGCUCGUAACACGGCCCAGUGGAAGCCCAUUUCCACAACUGUAAUGGAAAAAAUAUAAAAAAUCUGAAUUAUAUAAUUAUAAGAUACAAGUAACUACCUUAUAGUUAUGACUUAGCUAUUAAUUAUGAGAGUUAAGUGAACCUGAUUUUGUGCUUAAACUUUGUGUUUAAGCACAAGAUUGUAUUUUUUUUUUCAUCAGUCAUGGAUCUAGCUUUUGGUUAUACACCCUGUAAAUUCAGCUUGUUUUGGUCUCAAUUUCUACCUGCUAUUCAGGCUAACAUAAAACUUUGUUCAGGUCCUAAAGCUUCACUAGUUUACCACUAAUGGCGCUGAGUUAAGCUGGGCCAGUAAGUUACAAGACAUUUCACUGAAUUCCACUUAUAUUUAUAAAGCACAAAUUCAGGACAAGACAUCUCAGGAAUAUCACACGGAAAGAAAAUCUGUUGAAUUCUUGUCAAGUUAAACACAAAAUAAUUCAUUUAACCUUCAUCUUUAUCUGUUUUUGGUCUAGUUCAAGUAGACAAUUUUUUAUGUAAUGCCAGCUUUCAAGACUGUGUAGAACAAAGAAAACCAACAUAUUAGAUCAGAUUUACCUAAAUUUGACUAAAUACAAAUGAAAUAAGUCCAUGCUGACAAUAGCAGCUUGGACACAAACAUGUUUCCCUGAAAGCUGAAGUCUUUAACAUUCUGUCAGUUACAGACAUAAACCUUGAUCAGCAUUUCAUGUAACAGACCAACACAAAGUAGCGCAUUAGUUAGAAAUCUUGAUUGCAGUUUGCCACUAGUCAUAAAGGCGACAAAGCAAAAUUUGUUCUAUGGAACCAAAAUGCUACAUUUGGUGGGAAACUGUGAAUCUCAGAUUAAUUUCCUCUAGAAAUUUGACAUUCAUUGAUGCUCUCAAACCAAUCUGAUUGACAAUGAACUUUUUUUAAAAGGUAACAUUUUCAGUCUGUAGAUGUUCAAAGUAAAUCAUCCAAGUUUAUUUGUACAACAUAUUUCAGCAGCAAGACAGUUCAAAGUGUUUUACUUCAUAAAAACAUAAAAAAAUCAACAACUGAAACAUUUCAUGUUUCCAAGUUGGUUCUGAAAGUUUGCUCCACAAUGCAAAUAAUUAUAUAUAAUUAGAAUUAUCCAUUGUAAUGUGUUGGUCAUUUACCUGAAAUCCAUGAAAAAUAAUUGUUGUAGUUUAAUAAAAUGUAAAAACUUUCAAGUGCUGUGAAUAUUUUUGCAAGUCACUAUCUUUACUCAAUUCUGUAAAGUUGCUAUGCAACAGACAGAUAAUGAGGUCUCCGUUUCCAUAAAAUGAAAUUACUAAGUACAUGACAAAUUUAUAUCAUUUAUUACACUAAUUAAAAAAUGUCAAACAGAAUAGAGAUUAUUUUACUUGCCCUUUGAACAUGAGUCUCAAUGUAUACAAUUUUAGCGUGCAUAUAAAAUAUUUUGUAUUUAGGGAAUUACAAUGUGGGAAAUAUUUUCGGUCUGUAGCUGGUUUGUUGUAAAAGUGAUUAUGUAUGAGUAAUAGUAUUUCUACAAAAUGUUUACAUUAUGUUUUAUCCAUUCUUGUACUUCAGUUUGUCUUCAGUCGGCAGCAGCUUUAUGGUGAAUGAUGCAUGAAAAACUCUUCAUUGUAAAAUGUCUUUUAUUGUUUAUCCUUAUGUUUGUGUCUGAAGGAAUAGCUUACACACGAAUAAAAUAAACCUUUUUUAUACAGUGACAA